AUGAAUAAAAUAGUACAUAUAUCCUCUACAGUAGGAAGUAAGGUAGAAGAGAUAGUGAUUAAUGAUGUACAUUUCCUAAUGUGGAAUAUUGGUGGCCAAGAAUCUCUUUAUUCUUCCUGGAAUACUUAUAUUAACAAGAACUUUGUAAUAGUAGUUUUGGACAGUACAGAGAUUUCUGUAACUAAAGAAGAACACUACAAACUAUUAGUGCAUGAGGACCUAAGAAAAACUAAAAAAACUGGAUUACUGAUUUUUGCUAAUAGACAGGAAUGUAUGACUUUAGCAGAAAUAUGCCAGUUUUUGAAGCUGACUUCUUUUAAAGAUCAUCAGUGGCCUAUCCAGCCAUGCUGUGCUCUUACUAGUGAGGGAUUAUGCUAA